ACAGAAAGCCUCUUCUUCUCACCAUUUUCUCUCUCUUUUUGCCUACAAUAAGCGCCAUUGGUCUCAGAAGCGUUCGGCUCUUUGGGUUUCUUCUCUCUACCCCCUCAUUAUUUGUAUCGCUCUCUCUUUCUCCGAGGGGGCCUCUCGGGAGCAGCCAUUUGCAUUUUGUUGCAGGGUCUCCGAGAGGGUGAGAGAGAGCGAGAGAGCAACAACAAUGGCCAUUCUUCCCAGGCCUUUAGGCGUUGUGGCUGUUGCUGCUCUCGUUUUUGCUAUUGCCAUCUCUGCUGUUCAGGCAACACCUCUGCCUCCGAGUCCCGCCCCAGCUCCCAGUCACAGCGGCACUGAUGGGACAACCCUUGACCAAGGGAUUGCGUGCGUGCUAAUGUUGCUCGCCCUCGUGCUCACAUACCUCAUCCACAGUCCCGAUGUUCCCGUAUUCUAAACUCAGCUCAUGACGAUGGAGGGAACGGAUGGAAUCAGGGUUAGGAAUGUUUGUUUAGUCUAAGACUUGGGCUGAUGAUGCCUGAUCACGGUUGUGUAUUACAUUGCAUGUAGCAUUCUUUACUUUGACAAAUUGCUGUUGUUGGGGCUUUGGUGGCUGAUGCUAAUGUUAUCACUUUGUUUCAUGUUGGUCUAAUUCACAUUCAUAUUUACCAUUUCUUA